AGUGGCCGGGAAGGCCCCCAACAGCUGCUUCUCCCGCCCCCUCCGUCUCAGAGGGCUGGCUAAGUCUGUCCCGCUCCCGGCUCUCCGCCUCACUAGCAGCGGCUCUCCGUGCAGCGGGGACUGGGCGAAGCGGCCUGCGUCCACGGAGCGCACAAUACAGCCCAGAACAAACCGCUACUCUUGCCCCCUCAGCCGCCCACUUGGGAACCCCAGCGGCUUUUGUUCGCACACGAUGCCCUCGGCCACCAGCCACAGCGGCAGCGGCAGCAAGUCGUCCGGACCACCACCCCCGUCGGGUUCCUCCGGGAAUGAGGCGGGGGCCGGGGCAGCUGCGCCCUCUUCCCAGCACCCCGCAACCGGUACCGGCGCUGUCCAGACCGAGGCCAUGAAGCAGAUUCUCGGGGUGAUCGACAAAAAACUUCGGAAUCUGGAGAAGAAAAAGGGCAAGCUUGAUGAUUACCAGGAACGAAUGAACAAAGGGGAAAGGCUUAAUCAAGAUCAACUGGAUGCAGUAUCUAAGUACCAGGAAGUCACAAAUAACUUGGAAUUUGCAAAAGAAUUACAGAGGAGUUUCAUGGCAUUAAGUCAAGAUAUUCAGAAAACAAUAAAGAAGACAGCACGUCGGGAGCAGCUGAUGAGAGAAGAAGCAGAACAGAAACGUUUAAAAACCGUACUUGAACUGCAAUAUGUUUUGGACAAGUUAGGAGAUGAUGAAGUGCGAACUGACUUGAAACAAGGUUUGAAUGGAGUGCCGAUACUGUCUGAAGAGGAAUUGUCAUUAUUGGAUGAAUUCUACAAGUUAGUGGACCCUGAACGGGACAUGAGCUUGAGAUUGAAUGAGCAGUAUGAACAUGCCUCCGUUCACCUGUGGGAUUUGCUGGAAGGGAAGGAAAAAUCUAUAUGUGGAACAACCUAUAAAGCUCUAAAGGAAAUUGUUGAGCGUGUUUUUCAGUCAAACUACUUUGACAGUACCCACAACCACCAAAAUGGAUUAUGUGAGGAAGAAGAGGCAGCCUCAGCACCCACAGUUGAAGACCAGGUAGCUGAAGCUGAACCAGAGCCAGCAGAAGAAUACACCGAACAAAGUGAAGUUGAAUCAACAGAGUAUGUAAAUAGACAAUUUAUGGCAGAAACACAGUUCAGCAGCGGUGAAAAAGAGCCAGUAGAUGAGUGGACAGUUGAAACAGUUGAGGUGGUAAAUUCACUCCAGCAGCAACCACAGGCUGCAUCUCCUUCAGUACAAGAAUCUCACUCUUUGACUCCAGUGGCUCAGGCAGAUCCCCUUGUGAGAAGACAACGAGUACAGGACCUCAUGGCACAAAUGCAGGGGCCCUAUAAUUUCAUACAGGAUUCAAUGUUGGAUUUUGAAAACCAGACACUUGAUCCUGCUAUUGUAUCUGCACAACCUAUGAAUCCUACACAAAACAUGGACAUGCCCCAGCUGGUUUGUCCACCAGUUCAUUCUGAAUCUAGACUUGCUCAACCUAAUCAAGUUCCUGUACAGCCAGAAGCUACACAAGUUCCUUUGGUUUCAUCCACAAGUGAGGGGUACACAUCAUCUCAGCCCUUGUACCAACCUUCCCAUGCUGCAGAGCAGCGACCACAAAAGGAACCAAUUGACCAGAUUCAGGCAACAAUCUCUUUAAAUGCAGACCAGAAUACAGCAUCAUCAUCCCUUCCUGCUGCAUCUCAGCCUCAGGUAUUCCAGGCUGGGACAAGCAAACCUUUACACAGCAGUGGGAUCAAUGUAAAUGCAGCUCCAUUCCAGUCCAUGCAGACGGUGUUCAAUAUGAAUGCCCCAGUUCCUCCUGUUAAUGAACCAGAAACUUUAAAGCAGCAAAAUCAGUACCAAGCCAGUUACAACCAGAGCUUUUCCAAUCAGCCUCACCAGGUAGAACAAACAGAGCUUCAGCAAGAACAGCUUCAAACAGUCGUUGGCACUUACCAUGGUUCUCAGGACCAGCCCCAUCAAGUGACUGGUAACCACCAGCAACCUCCCCAGCAGAACACUGGAUUUCCACGUAGCAAUCAGCCCUAUUACAAUAGCCGUGGUGUAUCUCGUGGAGGUUCCCGUGGUGCUAGAGGCUUGAUGAAUGGAUAUCGGGGUCCUGCCAAUGGAUUCAGAGGAGGAUAUGAUGGUUACCGCCCUUCAUUCUCUAACACUCCAAACAGUGGUUAUACACAGUCUCAAUUCAGUGCUCCCCGGGACUACUCUGGCUAUCAGCGGGAUGGAUAUCAGCAGAAUUUCAAGCGAGGCUCUGGGCAGAGUGGACCACGGGGAGCCCCACGAGGUAAUAUUUUGUGGUGGUGAUCCUAGCUCCUAACUGGAGCUUCUGUUCUGGCCUUGGAAGAACUGUUCAUAGUCUGCAUGUAGGCUACAUGUUAGGAAUACAUUUAUCUUUUCCAUACUUGUUGCUAGGGAUUAAAUGAAAUGCUAUGUUUCUAAAAAUUAAUCUUGAACCCAAAUUUUAAUUUUUUGAAUGACUUUCCCUGUUAAUAUAUAAAUUGUCUUGAAAACUAGAACAUUAACUCCUUGUCAGAAAAAGUGUUUUUCCAAUUGCAAAUUAUUUUUCAGGUCUAAAAACCUGCUAAAUGUUUUUAGGAAGUACUUACUGAAACUUUUUUGUAAGACAUUUUUGGAAUGAGAUUGAACAUUUAUAUAAAUUUAUUUAUUCCUCUUUCAUUUUUGAAACAUGCAUAUUAUAUUUUAGGGCCAGUAAUGCUUUUAUGGCCAGAUAAGAUAUAGUUAUAUUUAGAGAACCAUUUAGAAGUGAUAGAACAAAUUGAAAUUUCAUUGUCCUUUGGACUACUGUUAGUGACAUAAAUACCAAUUAUUUCUAACUUGUAAACAGAAUCCUUAGUUUCCAAACUUACUGAACCAUACUUAAAAAUUAUAGUCUCUAAGAGCUUUUUGCUUUGUUUUGUUUGCCUUUUAAGGUAGGAAAACUACUUCCUGUUUGGAGGAAGUUAACCUACUUAACAGUUAGAGCUAGCAUUUCAUAAUCUAAAGUUCUAAAUGGUUCUCUGAUUUGAGGGCAGUUAAAUAUUGAACAGGAUUCCUCUAGAAAUUGGCUAUAACAUGUAUAAAAUGUAUAUUAAGGAGGAAUUACAAAGUACUUUGAUUUGAAUGCUAGCAGAAAUUGACCAACAAAAAGGUGCUUUUUUUUGUUUUUUUAUUUUUUAAUUCAUGGCUCACUUGGGAAUUACUGACUUGAAGUAUUGAAGGAUAUUUGCAUGUGAAUGUAGGUUAUGUUCUUUCCCACUUUGUAGCAUAUUCUAUGAAAGUUGAGUUAACUGGUAGCUAAAAAUCUGUUUUAACAGCAUGUAAAAAGUUAUUUUAUCUGUUAUAAAUCAUUAGACAAUUUUGAAUGUUAUGUACUUUCUUUUUAACAGAUUAGAUGAUAAGGUCUGUUUUCAUUCUGGUGCUUUUAUUAAUUUUGAUAGUAUGAUGUUACUAUUGAAAUGUAAGUUAGAGUGUACACUAGAAUGUAAGCUCCGUGAGAGCAGGUACCUUGUCUGUCUUUACUGCUGUAUCUAUUCCCCAACGCCUGAUGACAGUGCCUGACACAUAGUAGGCACUCAAUAAAUACUUGUUGAAUGAAUGAA